AUGGCUUCACGCCAUUUGGGAUCUAACAUGGCAGAUGACUGGGUCUUUGGUUCACAGAGAGUGGGCAUGGGGUGUGUUGUGGCGGAUGAGUUGGAGUCUGUGAUGUGGGGUGGGUAUGGUGAGAGGCCAAGUCGGUUUAUGUUGUUGGCGUGA